GAGGUGCCCUGCGACAAUAUGCUUCUGUUGAAGCAGUGCAGAUAUACAGGAGUAGGAAUUGCUAUAUUGGAUCAAAUUUGGAUAAGUUUACUCCAGUAGCCUGCUUUCUUGAGUGGCCAGUCCCAGAUCCUUCAGAGGUAUUUAUGAGCCGCCAUUUCUUGUACUACUGCAGUGAACCUACCCUGGAUGUGAAGAUUGCUUUUUGUCAGGGAUUUGGGAAACAAGUGGAUGUGUCAUAUAUUGCCAAACAUUACAACAUGAGCAAAAGCAAAGUUGACAACCAGUUCUACAGCGUGGAAGUAGGUGACUCGACCUUCACAGUUCUCAAACGCUACCAGAACUUAAAACCUAUUGGCUCUGGGGCUCAGGGAAUAGUUUGCGCUGCUUAUGAUGCCGUCCUUGACAGAAAUGUGGCCAUUAAGAAGCUCAGCAGACCAUUUCAGAACCAAACACAUGCCAAACGAGCUUACAGGGAGCUGGUCCUCAUGAAGUGUGUGAAUCAUAAAAAUAUUAUCAGUUUAUUAAAUGUCUUCACACCACAGAAAUCUCUGGAAGAGUUCCAGGAUGUUUACCUUGUAAUGGAGCUGAUGGAUGCCAAUUUGUGCCAGGUGAUUCAGAUGGAACUAGACCAUGAGCGAAUGUCUUACCUGCUCUACCAAAUGCUGUGUGGCAUCAAGCACCUUCACUCUGCAGGAAUCAUACACAGGGAUUUAAAACCAAGUAAUAUUGUGGUAAAGUCCGACUGCACAUUGAAGAUUCUGGACUUUGGAUUGGCAAGAACUGCAGGCACCAGUUUCAUGAUGACUCCUUAUGUGGUGACACGUUACUAUAGAGCACCAGAGGUCAUCUUGGGAAUGGGCUACAAGGAGAAUGUGGAUAUAUGGUCUGUGGGAUGCAUUAUGGGAGAAAUGGUUCGCCACAAAAUCCUCUUUCCGGGAAGGGACUAUAUUGACCAGUGGAAUAAGGUAAUUGAACAGCUGGGAACACCGUGUCCGGAAUUCAUGAAGAAGCUACAGCCCACAGUACGGAACUAUGUUGAGAAUCGACCUAAGUAUGCUGGUCUUACUUUCCCCAAACUUUUCCCAGAUUCUCUGUUCCCAGCGGACUCAGAACACAACAAACUUAAAGCCAGCCAAGCCAGGGACCUUUUGUCAAAGAUGCUAGUGAUUGACCCAGCCAAGCGGAUAUCAGUGGAUGAAGCCUUACAGCAUCCAUACAUUAAUGUCUGGUAUGACCCAGCAGAAGUGGAAGCACCUCCUCCACAGAUAUAUGACAAACAGCUGGAUGAAAGGGAUCAUACAAUUGAAGAGUGGAAAGAAUUGAUCUACAAAGAAGUAAUGAAUUCUGAAGAAAAGACUAAAAAUGGCGUAGUAAAAGGACAGCCUUCUCCUUCAGCACAGGUGCAGCAGUGAACAGCAGCGAAAGCCUCCCUCCAUCCUCCUCUGUCAAUGACAUCUCCUCCAUGUCCACCGACCAGACCCUGGCAUCUGAUACUGACAGCAGCUUGGAAGCUUCUGCAGGACCCCUUGGUUGUUGCAGGUGACUAGCCGCCUGCCUGCGAAACCCAACAUUCUUCAGAAGAUGAUAUAAUUUAGGAGGAAAAUAACAAGAAUUAAAAGAUGGAAAGAAAGAGAAAUAAAAUAUAAAAGAUUUAAAUGAAACAAUACUCUUUUCAGCCUGCUUCUCCUACAAAGUUAUGUAAUGCUCAAGUGUAUAUUUAACUUCUAGUUGCUGUGCUUUGGUCUUCUUCCAAUGAUGCUUACUGCAAGAAAAAAAAUGGAAUUAAAGAAGCCUUUUUUUUUCAUAAAGUGUAAAAUUAAUGGCUGCAAAACCAGCAACCUGCAACUGUCCCUUUUCCACACUGGCAUGACAAGGUGUGCAGUAGUCAGUCAAUAUUUAUGUGUGUGUAUCUAACUUUAUUUCCUCUCUGCUUUAUCAACUUCUGCCUAACUAGAUAGUUAUAGAUACACACACACUGUUCUCAGCCUACGUACAGCACUUAUACACAGAAACACAAAGGUAAGAUCAACAGUAUGUGCAGCUGUGUAUCUAUAUACACACAUGUUUAUAUGUACACAGUGUACACUUGAACUCAACGGCCCAUUUCAUCUGAUCUACAUGCAUGCAUCUGUAAUAUAUUUUCAGUAUAUAAUCUGUUCCAUUUGUUCACUGAUUAGUUUAAAUCUUGUAAGAUUUGUAGAAGUGAGAAUAACAAAAUCAAGCUGAAGAUUCCUCAGACCCUUGAAGAUACAGCACCCAAAUUUCAGUUGACAUCUCUUAAUUUUUAAAGAACCCCAAUGUGUACGGAGAAUGUAUGAAAUGGAGCUUCACAAGAACACGUGCUUUCAUUUUGGGUACUGACAUUUAUUGCUUUGAUUUUUAGAGGAGAGAUGCUGAGCCAAGACCAGGUUAAAAGGAAGCACUUCUGUCUUUGGGAGAUGUUGAGGUUGAGGAUGGAAGUGUUUCUCAAAUAAUUUAAGACUACAAGGAUUUGCUUUAGCACAAAACUUCCCAUAGUGAUUGUGAUGCAGUGAGUUUUGUUUUUUAGCUUACAGAUUGGCUAAUGAUUAUCCACUAGAAUGUGUGUAUGUUUGCUUUAGAGAAUAAAGGGAAGAUGGAUAGGAUCAGUCAUGUAAGCAUUUUUUUAUUAGGCCCUCGGCAAGUCAGUAUGACAAAGAAAGGACAUUUGCAGCCUAUUCACUUCAUCUAGGUUUUAUUUAUUCAUUUUUUAUUAUUGAAAUGGAAUUGAUUUUUUUAAAAUAAUCUCCCAUGCAGGAACUCCACUACUUGAAAAGCACUGACUCUCUAACUGAUUCCAGCUAUUUUUGUUCCUUGUGAUGAAUUAUCUAAUUCCCCCAAAAUGCUUUAGAACUAGGCUAUACAUACCAGACCAGUAAAAUGUAUGACCAAACACUGACAUAUUUUAAAAUUAAAGCAAAGCCUAUUAACAGGCAGAAGGUGGGCUGAGAGCAUAAUAAUCAGGGCUGUAGGCAGCUUUGCAUAUUUUGAAGAUAAUAAUGAGUAAAUAUCAAUUGGAUGUUGACAGAUAAGAACAGUUGGAACUUGCUGGGUUGAGUCUGGAAUUUUGAAAGUAUAUAACACCACUUCAGGUGGUGGUAAGUAAAGAACAAGGUUUCCAGAUGAAAAAGCAAGGAGAGUUUUAGGUGGAAGAGUUGUAAUUGACUGAGUGGAAAUUUAGUCAGGAUUCUGGGCUUUAGAUAGUUCCUUCUAUCUAACUGUACCAUGUAACGUGAAAUUACAUUGUUCAUGGUUUUAUGCCUCCUGUAAAUAAUAGGAAGAGCUAAUCUGAACAGGUUAGUUUACAUUUGGAUGGUUUGCACCUCCCUUGAAUAUCAUCUAUUAAUAUCGGACGACUAACAAACCUGUAAUACUUAAAUUGGGAAAGCAUAUCUGCAUAUCAGGUGAGGUUUUGUUCAAGCAAUAAAAAUUCUCCUCAAGGAAGUAAAAUUAGAAUAAAGUUAAAUAACUGUAACAUAAUCCCAGAGUAGGUAUCUUAGAGCAGUCUGCAAGUAAAAAAUAAUUUUCCCCAGGUAUAUUUUUGGUGGCUUUUUUUCCCUCAAUGAAAUCUUAUUUUCAUAUAUUGAAAAUAAAAUUAUGUAAAACACUUUCUAAACCUCAGAGCAGUAAUUGUGAAAGCAAUAACUAUAAAACAGUGGAAUAAAAUACAUUUAGCAAUAUUCUUUUAAAGCCAUGAAACAUCAAGUCCAUGUUUAGCAAUGUAAUCCAAACCCAGCAUCAGUUCAAAGCCAAUGCUUAUGAAAGUUUUUAAAGACAGUGUGGGUGACACAAAGGCAAUAAUAGUGAGGGUGAUUUCUUAGCAAUAAUAAAUGGUUAUCAGGUCCAGGUUUCAACUGUCAUACAUUAACAAAAGUAAAACGCAGAAAAUUAGUAUCUACUUUUUAACUCUUCGAUGAGUACCAUUUUGGGUAUCAUCUCAACCAGACACAGACUGAGCCUCUUGGAGUGACAGAUAAUUAGAUUCAUGCAAUUGCAAACACAUUAUAGAUUUGGAGACUUAAAUACCAGUCAUAGCGUUUUGUUGCUAAUGUUAAUUGCUAGAAAGGCGGAAGCAAUGAGGCAUUCAAACAACAAAGUUAUUUAUGGCAAAGGAGAGGGGUUGUCAACUGGGGGUACACAUACCCUGAGAGUACUUGAGAAGACUCUAACAGGUAUGCACAGGUGGGUGGGGACGGAGCACCACCACACAUGAUCCCGUGCUGCUGCUGCUCCUGGCCAGGGGCUGGGGGCAAGGGAAGCUCACAUGUGGUGAUUGCCACCACUCCACGUUCAGCUGCUCCAGUCUGCCAUCUCCCACCCACUCUGCAUUUGGCUGUGCUCCCCCACUCCGUGUCUGGAUACAUGCCAUCCCACCCUCUGCUCCGUGUCCAGCUGCCAGGGGUAUAUAGCUCUGCAUCCAGCUGCUGGGGGUACAUUGAUCCAAAAAGGUUGAAAACCUGUGGAAUAGGAGACUUUUGUGCUCCAUCUUUUAAAACCAGCAUAAUUUAUUUUAACUGUUCACUCCUCCAUGGGUUUAUGUUUAUGUCCAGUCACCAUAUAAGAUGUUCCAGUCGUUGGCACUAUAUGAAUCUGAAGGGAAAAGGGAGGGUGAGGGGGAGGAUGAUUUCAAUAGAGCUUGGUUUUAGCAUUGCCUAGGUUUCAUUGAAGUCAUUCAACUUACAUGGCUUACUGUGUGCUUUAGUCCUUUGUGGAACUGGGAUGGAUUUAAGCAUAUACUGGAAUGUUUUUGCAGAAGUAGGCUCUAGGACAACAAUUAUUACAUUGCUUUUAGACUUUAGAUGUAUCAUUCUCCUUUAUGAGCAGUUCUGCUCUCUGGGGAGAUGCAAAUCUGUCCAUACUGGAAACCAGAACAAAGCCAUCACCACAUGAGCAAUAGUAGUUGGUGGUUCUGCUCCUGUCAGAGCAGUACUGUUGCUCAGGAUCUGGAAAUUGGUGCUGUCAGUAUGUCACCUAUAGAAAUACAUGUACAAACAAUAGUAACUAACACA